CCUGCCUGCCUUCUCUUCCAGCGGCCGGCGGAGCUGGCCGGGCCUUUCCAUCAGCAGUGGCGGCGGCGCUGCGGAGCCCGGGCAGGGAUCUCCAGCAAGAGCUCUGGAUUAGCUCCAGAUUGCCCUCCUUCUUGCUCUCUUUUAUUUAAUUUCCCCAUAUUUUUGAUUUUUUUCUUUUAAAACACUCCUUCCCGAAUUUUAAAUUCUCAAGAUGGUGCAGAAGAAGACAGCUGAGCUACAAGGUUUCCAUCGCUCCUUCAAGGGCCAGAAUCCGUUUGACUUGGAGUUCUCCCAGUCGAAUGAUCUGGAGUGUGUCUUCAGUUUUGAAUGCCCAACCCGCCCUGACAUGCCUUCCAGCCAACCCAUUGACAUCCCUAAUGCAAAGAAGAGGAACAAGAAGAAAAAACGCUGCCGAGCUACAGACAGCUUUUCAGGGAGGUUCGAAGAUGUUUACCAGCUCCAAGAUGAGGUCCUUGGGGAAGGGGCCCAUGCUAAAGUCCAGGCCUGUGUUAACCUUAUCACCAACAAGGAAUAUGCAGUGAAGAUCAUUGAGAAGCGUCUCGGACACAUCCGGAGCAGAGUCUUUCGAGAGGUGGAGAUGUUGUACCAGUGCCAAGGACAUAGGAACAUCUUGGAAUUGAUUGAAUUCUUUGAAGAAGAGGACCGAUUCUACCUCGUGUUUGAAAAGAUGAGGGGAGGCUCCAUCUUAACCCAUAUUCACCGUCGGCGCCAUUUCAAUGAAUUGGAGGCCAGCAUGGUGGUGCACGACAUUUCGAGUGCCCUUAACUACUUGCACAACAAAGGAAUAGCACAUAGAGAUCUCAAACCAGAAAAUAUUCUCUGCGAGAGUCCCAAUCAGGUUUCCCCCGUUAAAAUCUGCGACUUUGACUUGGGAAGUGGAAUCAAGUUGAAUGGCGACUGCUCCCCCAUCUCCACUCCGGAGUUGCUCACCCCGUGUGGUUCAGCGGAGUACAUGGCUCCGGAAGUCGUGGAGGCUUUCAAUGAAGAGGCAUCCAUCUACGACAAGCGCUGCGACCUGUGGAGCUUGGGGGUCAUCCUCUACAUCAUGUUGAGUGGUUACCCACCCUUCGUAGGGCACUGUGGGACUGACUGCGGCUGGGACCGCGGAGAAGCCUGCCCUGCCUGCCAGAAUAUGCUGUUUGAAAGUAUCCAGGAAGGAAAGUACGAAUUCCCGGAUAAAGAUUGGGCUCAUAUCUCUUUCGGAGCCAAAGAUCUCAUUUCGAAGCUCCUUGUGAGGGAUGCUAAGAAACGCCUCAGUGCAGCUGAAGUCCUCAAGCACCCGUGGGUGCAAGGGUGUGCUCCAGAUAACACGCUCCCAACUCCAAUCAUCCUUCAAAGGAACAGCAGUGCCAAAGAGCUGACGUCCUUCGCGGCAGAGGCCAUCGCUGUCAACCGGCAGCUGACUCAGCACGAGGAGGAGGCGGCCGCGGAGGAGCCCCGCCCCAUCCUCAUUAAAGCUACCUCAUGUUCUAUGCAGCUCUCUCCCCCUUCCGAGUCCAAACUGGCCAAGCGGCGGCAGAAAGCCAGCCUGGCCAAAGCUGAGCCCAGCCAGCAUUUGGUGGCCCCAUUGGUCCUGGUGGGAGACCAUCUGUGACUCUCUCUCCCUCUUUUCACCCUCCUCCUCUGUGUAUAUAAGCAUUCUCUUCCUCCAUUUUGGUUUUCCUUUUUGGAUGACGAUGAUAACUGAAAAAAUAAGCGCUUUUUCCGGGCCGCUGGGGAGCAAGAUCAGAAGUCUCUGACAUUGGCUGGUUUCCAACGUUUUUCUUUGUAUCCUGAUCUUGUUACCACUGGCUUUAUUCUCUCUCUUUUUAAAAAGGUAUUUAACUCCCUUCUGCCUCUUACGAGACUUGCCCUGGGAAAGCAGAAAAUGCUGAAAAUGUGUAGUACACAAUUUGCUUAAAAAUAAUCUUCAAACCAACAUCUUCCCCCUCCAUCCUGCCCUAGCAAGCCAGACUCCUCACCGCCUCUCUGAACGAAGGAUAAUUGAAUUAAGUAGCUACUGUUUUUUUGUUCUUUUUUCUGUUGGCUCACUUUUUAUACUGUGAAAAGGGGAAGGGGGAAGAAGAAGCUCCCCUGAUCUCUCAACUUUAAAGGUAGCAUUUUAAUGUUCGGGUGUAUUGUUUCUGUUGUGUGUGUGUUUAACGUGGGUCUUCUGAUUGAUUUCUCUCUCUUUUUUAAAAAGAAGCAUACGGAUUCUGGAUCUUAUAUUUUGUGCACUUGGGUUGGGGGGGGGAGUGGCGUGUGGUUCACUUCCUGUCCCAGAAGGCAUUGGCACGGGUCACGGGGUGGCUUGUUUUUAAGGUUCAUGAAUCUCCUCGUUUCCUGGUCUCUCCUGCCUGGCCGUUGCUCCGGGGGCAGGGAACUAUCUAGGAUUUCUGCAGGAAUGUUCUAGUGGGCCAGCGACUGAAUCGGUUCGGGGACUCUCCCAGCUGGUGGGCGCCAGGGCCCUGCGUAGGAAUCCAGUCCUUUUGAAAUGUUGUGCCUAUUUAAUUUGCAGUUUAGUUCUUUGUUUUCGUGAUACGGGGGCCAAGCUAGACAUAAUAGCAGCAGAACUGAUUUGUUGAACUGGAGGUCUGCGCUCGUGUACACACACGGGGGUGGCAGAGUCUGGUUUUGCAGGUGAGAACUUUUCCUCUUCCCACCUGUUCACAGCUGAAUUCCCUACAUUCUGUCCCCUUUCCCUGGUGCUUUCUUCCCUAGCCCGCCUCCAAUACUAGAAUGGGGCUAUGGGGAAGCAAGCAGGGGGCACAGGAAGGGGCAGCGCUGUCCCAUAGACCCUUAUUUGUUCCGAAACAAAAAUUAAACCCCUCCCUCAGCUCAGUAGGUCUAGUUUGGUCCCAACUUGGAGGGGAAGUGGGAAGAAGGGAGGGUCUUUCAUCUUAACCAGGGCCGUUUUCACAUUGCUUACCGGCCCCGGAACGUCGUGCCGAGCUCCCGGAAUGACAGCGUCUUCCUGGUGUGAAAUUGCGCCAGGAAGACGCUGUUAUUCCGGGAGCUUGGCGCAAUGUUCCGGGGCUGGUAAGCAGUGUGAAAACGGCCCAGGUUGACUGAAAUAAACUCCUAGGAUUUGCAUGUGCGUAUUUGAAUUUCUUUGGACGGGGAAGCAUCACUGCAAGGGAAGCAAAGUCAUCCUGGUUCUUGGCAAUUCUUGUUGCUAUUUUUUAUAAAAAACACCCUGCCAUGGUGAAAGGGUUCAUGCCACUGUGGGGUGGUCAUCUUGAAGGAUUUGCACAUUUUUAGAGUUCCUUGUGGAUCAACAUCUGUGCAGGGGCAUUUUUGGAAGAGAGGACGAGCAUCAACUUUCCUCCAUUUAACCUUGUGGUGCAGUUUCCCUGUUUAUGCAGGUCUUUCUUUUUUAAAAAAAUUGAAUUUCUUAGAAUUCCCCCCCCCCCCCGAAACUAAGCAAAAGACUUGUGAGUUGGAAAAGGGGGUGCCCCUGGAAAUUAAUUCUUUCUCUUACUCUGUUCUCUGCCCUGCCCCGCUUCCAAAUGUGUUUUGUUCUAGAACUUUACUGGCCUGGAUUCUUCCCAAAGAACCUUUGAAAUAGUUGAUCUGUGCAGGGAACUGAGGGAAGUUAAUAACCUCCAAGCUCUUAUCUGCCCACCCACCCCCCGCCCCCAAUCUUUGCUGAAUUGCAGUUCUCCGAGUUCCUUGGGGAGAAGCCAUGAUGUUUAGAUGAGUACAAAGCUCAUAGGGUGUAAAUCUUCAGCAAGAAGCAUUUCUGCAAUUGCUGGGAGGAUUAAUUGAGGGUGGGUGGGUUUGAGAUGGAAAGUGAGGAUCUUCUGACAGCUUGAAACAUUUUAUGCAUAAGAACCACUUUGGGGCGAGGGGAGAUGAGAAGCCAUUGCUAUGUCCAAUGUGUUCUUUUUUUCUCACAGUGCCAAACCCCUGGCUCCCUCACCAAUUCAGGCAUGACCUGGUGGGUUUUGUGUGAUACAUUAUCUUUUUUUUUUCUUUAAGAAAGCUUCAAUACUGAGGGGAGGGCCAUACUAAACGUAACAUAUCCUUGUGAUCACCAUGGAGCCGCCACCACCAUUUUAAGGUGAUUUCAAAAUGCCGCGGGGGCUUCAUCUUGAUGAGACAUGGUGCUUUUGUGUCUCCUCCCCCCCCGGGCAAUGUUUCAAGAGCUGAAGCAGCCGCAGAGGGCAUUUAGGCACUUGAUAAGGCGUGGUGGGCAAGACAAGAACACCUCAGCCUGCCACUCCAGGUCCAAUCAGGAUCCUGCCCUUGCUGCGUUUUUAAAUCGCCUUAAAAUGGCAGCGGUUUCUCUGUGGCAGCUGCAAGAACACGGUCAUGUUUGGCCCUUUCUGUGAGGGGCUGAAGCUUUUUGCAGACCUUCUGAAUGGUGGACUUUCCCACUUAAUUGAGCAACAUGGAAGGAGCAGCGUAGUUGAGAAAUUCCAUGGCUAGUUUGUUUUCCGGUUUUUAGUAGUUGUUUUGUUAAGUUUUGCUUUUAAUGAUCUUGGCUGUUCUGCUCGCAGUGGGAACGAAUUUCUGGAGAAUUCCAAAAUCUUGUUGGUACCUGACUUGUGAUACGGGCUGAAUGGCCCCAGUCCUUAAAGCAUACACAAACACAUUUGGUGGAAGGGAAAGCGGGGUCCUUGCUUGAGGAGAGAGGCCUGCUGGAUUCCGAAGUGCCGAAUUGAUUUCUGGAGCCCUGUCUCCCUCUGAGGAUGUGCGCGGUCAUUGGGGUUGUGUGAAUUUAAACAAGGAACUCAGCACCUUCUUGUACACAGCACCUUCUUGGCAUUCUGGAUGUCUCCUUCUCCGACCAUCCCCCUGCAACACUCCAGCAUUCCUCCAUGCAGUGUAGGAAUCAGCCUCAUGUAUGUGCGCGUCCACACAAGCUCCACCUAAGCCACCCUCCAUUUUCAUGCUAUGCGCUCCAGUUUGGCCGCCAUCUGCUGGUACACAAGCCACAGGUGAUGUAUGGCUCAAUGGAAGGAGACUGAGAUACUGUGACCCAAGAGUGAUACGUGGAGGCCAUCUUGUUCGGGUGCAGAGUUGUUACUGGAUGGCAGUUUUUUGGGGUGCAGGGUUGGGGUCAUCAACAACCCCAAGGGGGCAGUGCAUGUUUGGGCAAGUGAGAACUAGGCCAUUUCCACACUAGGCACCUUCAUCCGGAACACUGCUGAAUGUCGUGAAAAAACCAUGGAAGAUGGCAUCUUCUCGCGCAAGUUUUGCACAUCGUGCAAAACUCGCGCGAGAAGACGCCACCUUCUGUUUUUUUUUCAUGACGUUCCUCAGCGUUCCGGAUGAAGGUGAGUAGUGUGGAAACAGCCCUACCUUUGGUGUGGUAGCAUGUUGGGGCAGCUUAAUUUAGUUGGAGGGUGGCUUUCCAGUUCUUCCGUUGGUGUUUCCAAACUGGUAGUCCCUAGUUGGAAUUAGAAGCGGAAUUGUGGGCUUGGCAAGAACAGUGGAGAGGGACCGAGGGGCAGGGUGGUCUGGCCAGCCACAAUCCGGUCUUACGUACGUGCCUCUGUCUAGGCCCCCAUUCAGCUGUUAGUGUUGCCAAGUUGUGAUCCUUUUGUGUGCUUGGCUUGGAGGUCCAUCUUCUCUCUGCUGAACUUGCUUCUUAGAGAACAUGGGUGGAACUGGGCUGUUGCUCAGAGCAUGUAAGUGAUGGUUUGGAUAGUUUUUCUAAAUAAGCUUUUUUUUAAAAAAAUUGUCUACAAUACUAUGCAAUUGUGAUUUGAUUGGGAGGAAGCUGGAGGUAGCGAAUGGCUUCUUGAAAUACCUGAAUGCAGGUGAUUUUCAGGACAAAGGAGUAGAAAUAGCAAGAUAGGCUCCCUCUCUUUCCUUUAGGGGGGUUGGGUAUCUCCCCCCCCUACCAUAUAUUUUGCUUGCUUUAUCACCAGCAUGCAGUCUUCUCCCACGGAUGUCUGCUUCUUUGGGGAAGGGAGAGGAGGUGUGGGGUGCUCCGGGGGGGCCUUUAUGGGCAGCCUCCACCUCCGAACCUAAUUAGACUGCCACAUGGGCAAAACCUCCUUUUUAAAAGGAGGUUGGGGAGGGGGGAGAUCUUUGAUACUUGCUAAUACAUUUUGCUAUUACUUGUUUUACUUUUUUUUUUAAAUAUACUUGAACAACAUAACAUUGUGCUCUGGACUCUUGGAAGCUACGGAUUCAGGUGCGAGAAACAUCAUCUCUGGACCCUUCUGGAAGAAUGCAGAAGCCAAUUCUCCCUUGACCGUGGGAGGGGUAUUCUGCAUUUUGUCUGAAGGCUAGUUAGCAAAAGACAGGGAAGAGCAUAUGCCGGCCUUGCCUUUGGCUCCUGCUCUUGGAUGUGUGAACCCAGCUGGUUUUUAAAUAGGCUGGAAGCCUGGGCCGAGCGUCAUGGCCACCCGUCCCUGGACCAAAAAGCUCUCGGAGGUAGAUUCUUGGCAUGACAGCGAAAUUCGGUCUCUGGAGUUUUUUGACAGGGCCUGGCAGGUAAUUGAAUACAUUCUUUAGAACUGGUUUAACGUCUUGCAACGUAGACUUGAAAACAACAACGGCAAAAAAAGAUGGUUUCGUUCCAGGAUAGUUGUAGCAUCUGUGCAAAACACAGUCGUUUUUCUAAAAAAACAUACGGUAUUUUGAAAGUCUCGGCUAGAUGAGCUGACUUUUUUUCAGACGUUGGAUGGGUUUUUUCUGCCAGCCCUUCUGUGUAAUGCCCCAGAAUGUCUUUCUCUGCCCUGGGUCACCUGCCUUACCUAGUUAGCACCACACAAGGAACAGAUGCCUUGAAUCUUGCUAUAUAGGGCCAAAAUGGAGUUGCCAUGAGCUCUCAUGAUAAAAUGCCCGAAAGUGGCAUUGGCCUCCGGUUGUAGAAUUUGGGCUUUCCGUCUUUCUUCUGAAGCACUCUUUUCCCUGUUCUUUCAGAUAAGUUCUCAGGUCUGUUGCAGUGCAUGAAGAAUCAGUCAGGUGGCCCUUCUAGCUAUGGCUUGUGUCCAUUUUUUAACAAAGGAAAUAUGUAUGGAUGCAGAGUCAACGCAGAAUCUCUAAAUACGGGUUUUGCAAAUUUCUGACGCACCAGCCCCUUUUCUACACAAGGUGGCAUGCAACCCUUUUCUUGUCUGCAUGCAAACCCAGCUGUAAUACAUACAGAACAAAUGCCCACAUUUGAUCACAAAAAGCAAGUGGGUUCUCUACCAAACCAGCAUUAUAGUAACAGGUUGUUUUUUUUAAAAAAAAAGACGAACAAGAAAAAGAAAAAGCAAAUUAAAACUACCCUACUUGGAAAGUCCCUGCCACCUUGGGUUCUGGGGUAGUGAACAAUAUUUAUGUAUUGCAGAAAAUUUCAAGAGUCUUAGAAGCUGAUCUGAGGUGUGUGUGUGGGAAUUCAAUUCAUGUCCUGCAAAAAUAGGCUGUGAUGACAUUUGGCAGGUGUCUGUUUGUGAUGGCCAUUGUAGUAUGGGCUGGUCAGGGCACAGAGCUAACUGGUGUCCAGCCUUUGAAAGGUGGUGCUUUUAUGAUCAGCGGAUGGGGACAGGGAGAGACAAAGCUAGGCACCAGGACAAGAUUUUGAGACUUUGUGAUCUGCUUGUUCUGAGCAUCUCUCUCCAUGACGUGAGUGUGGGCUCUGUGUUGGUGGUGCCUCUUUUGAGGUUUAAAGGAAUGGGAGGCUGUGUCCCAGGUUCACAGCCCCCUUCCAAUCAAGCUAUAGCUAAUGGUAAUGGUUGAAAGCAAUCGGUCAUAACUCAUGUUAGUUUCAGGGACCUCUCUGGAUAACCCUGACAUGGUCCCUCCCUUUCACUUCCAGAACAUGAGCGAAAUCUGCUUGGGGUGUCGAAUGUGUGUCUCUUUUAAAUGGUGCCUCCCAUCUUGAUGUCUUUCCCCCAUCCCACCCCCCCGCCUUAAUGAUGUGCCCCUUUGUUUUUGGAGACGUAAGAUGGUGCUUAGAUUUCUCUCUUUCCAUGUGAGAGAUGAUUAUAAAAUGGUUUUGUUUUUUCAGUCUUCCUAGCUUGGGAGCACAUCUCUACCAAAAAUGCUAAACCCCAUUUUGAGCUUGUGCUAACCUCUGAGGAUGGGUGCUUAGAAUGAUCUGUUGGAGAAUCUUAAGCUGCGUCCAACCCCCACAACACCCUUGUCUCAGAAGUCACAAUGCUCAGACUUUGAGUUUAAAGUUACUAGUCUUCAUUGAGGGAAACUGACCUUGUCUCUAGCUAGGGGUUGGUGGGAAACUCUCAAAUGCCUCGUGACAUCCUUCCAACCAGUCAGUCUCUCUCAGCAUAGUAUGUAGAAAACAAUAUCUUGUUUUUUCUCUUCUCCCCCACUUUUUUACUUUUAACACUGUGUGCAGAUUUCUAACCCUGCCUUAUCCAAAAUUGUGUUAAAUCUUUUUCUGUCUAUCCCAGUUUUUUCCCCCUUGGGAAUCAUCUGUCUUGCAAACCUUUUUGUGUUUUGAUUCCUCCUUUAGGUUUUUUUCCCAGCUGCAAAAGGGGAGAAAUGGAUGCAAUUUUGUUGUUGUUGUUGUUGACAACAUUGCCUUCCUUCCCCUCCAGAUAAAGUCAAUGUUUGAAGCUGGUUAGUAACUUCUUUACUGUGAAAUCCUGCUUUUCUUUUUAUGAGAAAAAUCAGUCCAGGAGAAACAACGUUUUUUCCCUCUGGUUACCAUAGAAGACUGCCAAAGGAUUGUGUUUUGAAAUGAAGUCACCUUAACAUACUACUGAGAUACGAGCUCUCAGUUUAGGACUGGUUUAAAAAUGAAACAUAAAAAAACUUUUAAAAACCCUUUAAAAUAAAAAAAAAACCAAGCACUUUAUUAUAUGUACCAGGUGAACUGAUACCGCUUGAUGGAACUUUUCCUUUGUAACACCUUGUUGAUGCCAGAAUUUUUUGUAUUCUGUUUUGUAAGAAUUUAAUAAAUGCAUUGAAACACA